GUAAUCCAGCCUCUCUAUCACGGCUGGCUCGGUUGCUCAGUGUACAGUCGGUGUCGUCUGGUUUGGAGCAGGUUGGAAGAUGGCUCUCUACGUGCAGCGUUUCCUGCCGGCCCUGCUUCUUCUGGGAGCUAACGUGUUCAUCAGCACUCACGCUCAAGAGGAGGGAGUGUCUGAGGCGUGGACCAGCAGGUCUUGCAAAUGUGAUUGUGAAGGAGGAGAAUCCCCGACCGAGUUUUCCUCCAUUGGGACCGGCUCUUCCAUGGUGCGAGGAGUGGACUGCAUGCCAGAAUGUCCGUAUCACAAGCCUCUGGGCUUUGAGGCCGGAUCGGUGAGUCCAGACCAGAUCACCUGCUCCAACGAGGACCAGUACACCGGCUGGUUCUCCUCAUGGCUCCCGGGCAAGGCCCGGCUCAACAGCCAGGGCUUCGGGUGUGCCUGGCUGUCUAAGUUCCAGGACAGCAAUCAGUGGAUGCAGAUCGACCUGAGGGAAGUGAUGGUGGUGUCGGGGAUCCUCACUCAGGGCCGCUGUGACGCUGAUGAGUGGAUCACCAAGUACAGCGUUCAGUACCGCACAGACGAAAAACUCAGCUGGAUCUAUUACAAAGACCAGACUGGAAACAACAGGGUGUUUUACGGAAACUCUGACCGCUCCUCGUCUGUGCAGAACCUCUUGCGGCCGCCCAUCGUGGCGCGCUACAUCCGCAUCCUCCCCCUUGGAUGGCACACACGCAUCGCUCUGCGUCUGGAGCUGCUGCUCUGCAUGAGCAAAUGCAGUUGAACCUUUCCUCCCCGCCAUCCCAGAGGCCUUGUCCCAAAACCUUAUCUACACCUAAAUCACCCCAUCGUCAAAGUGUGAGGUCUGUCAUUGCAUCCACAGAUUUGGACCCCCUCCAGCUACAUGUAUUAAACCACAAGUUGAAGACAAAAACAUUCUGUUUUUAAAAUACAAACAAACCAGUUUGACUUAUGUGAUUUCAUUAAAAAUAUUUAUGUGAUGUGCUAAAUGAGCUUCAUUCACUGCACUCUCCAUUGUCAAUGUAAAACCAUUCUCAUACUGGGGGGUUUAAUUUGGUGAGUUCUCAAUAGAUUGUUCCAUUUGCAAUGAAAUGGCAUAAAUUCAAAGCAAUAAUUAGACAGAGAGAGAGAGAGAGAGAGAGAGAGAGAGAGAGAGAGAGGCAGCGUUGCUAUGGAGGUUGUAUCCAAUGGUCUGAGACAAGCUCUUCCAACACAUUUGUGUCCUCCUGUUAAAUUCUCCGUCUCCUGAUAUGUAACAGUAUAAAACAGGGACCUCUUAGUCCGUCUUUCCUUAUUUCCCUUAAAGUAUAAGACUGGUGAUGCAGUGAUAUUCUACAUGUUUCUUACUGUCAACAAAUCCCAUAAAAAGACCAAAACCAACAAUAAAUUGAUCCUACCAACAAGUAUUGUUUGUGUGACCAAAGCCAUAUAUGUUAUUUUUAAUAUAUUUAUUUUUAUUACUCCCAAAAAAUAUUAAAAACACAUCAAUGAGCCACACAGUUGCAUAUAUGUGACACAUCUGUUCAUUACAAAGAACAUAGGCACUGUAGUUUAUUUUGAGUCAAUAACAUACACAUGAUCCUGCUGCUCUAAAUACUCAAUGGUUCAAUGUGAAGAAAUGUGUAUUAAAGCCCAGCACAAAAUAGUCCCCAACAAAUGCACUAUUUACUCCUGUUUGAGUAAAUGUUGCUAAAAACUACAGUGCCCAGCUGAUUUAGAAAAUCACUUAGCCUUUUUAAAAAGUAUAUAAUUGUGACCACCUUUAAAAAAUAAAAUAAAAAUCAUCUUCAGUUUGAACAAAUUGUUUUAGUUCUGACUAAUGGUCUUAGUUCUGAGUGCCACAGACAGGAUAGAGAAGCCAGAAAGUGUUGAGAAAAUGACUAAUGCGUUGUUGAUUUUGGUAUUUUCAUGGGAUUUUUUGAUGACAAGAAAAAUGUGGAAUAAUGCCAGACUUUUUCUUUAAAUACACCUGUGAUUUAACUUCCUGUUUUCUCUUUUUUUUUGUAAACAUGCAUCACUUUUACCGGUAUCAAUCUUCAGUGCUAUAUAAAGAUCAAGGAAUGGAAAAUUCACUAAUGUUCAGAUGUGGAUUUGUGUUGUGGUUUACUCCUGUUUUUUUCUGUAACAUUUCAAUUCAGUUUCCCAUGGUGCUUUGGGGAUAUUGUUAGAUCUCUAAACUAUUUCCUUGAUUAAAUGAAUACUUGUGUCAUGUC